AAAUGCCCCUAUGCACCCCUAAAGAAAGCUCUAACUUGUGAGAAUAAAGACGGAGUAAAAUUUGUAGGUUCCUUGCUCAGCCUUCUGGCGCACGUCGCUCGCAGCUCUGCAUCUGAACUUCUAACCUGUGAAUCUACGAUACUGCCCGGCCCCUUCAGCGCUCUCAGCCCUUCUCCUACUCCGUACUGGUUUGAAUAUUAAUUCCGCUGCUGCUUCCAUCGUCGGAUUUUUUAGCAAUGGCAGCUAGAAUUAUUGCACAGCUGAUUGUGAUGGGUUCUGGGAUCAUGGCAAGAGCAUUUGUUCAAGCAUAUCGCCAAGCACUGGCAAAUGCUUCAAAAACGGGGGCUGCUCAAGAAGUGGCCCAGAAUAUCAGAAGAGGAAGCAAAAUCAUGACAGAAACCGAGGCAAGGCAAAUCCUUGGUGUCACGGAAAAAUCAACGUGGGAAGAGGUCUUGCAGUUUGCAGCUAGGGAUAGCAAUUGUGACCUAUCCAAUGGAUACUCGCACCGAACCGCUCCAGUCAUAACGGGAAAAACCGCAUUGACCGGGUAACAGAAAUAUGAUAACUUGUUUGAGAAAAAUGCGAAGAGCGGGAGCUUCUAUCUUCAAUCAAAAGUCCAUAGAGCAAAAGAAUGUCUACAAUCAGUGUACCAAAGUAAACCACCAGAAGCCAAUUAGAGAGAUUAUUUAUUAUCGCUGAUACUUAUGGGGUGUGUGGUAUAAGAUGUGUUUGUUCCAUGAGAUCAUUUAGAAUCUUUCUUGGCAUUUCUUUUAGCCAUGGAAGUGCGCAUUUUAGAAAUAACAACCAAGUCAGUUCUCAGGGAGAGGGGGAGGGUGAAGUGGAGAGAGAUAUGUUGUUAGUUUUUGUAUACACUACACAGUAAUUGAUGAAAGGCCUAUAUAAAGCGAGAUGAAAUGUGCCCUUUUCCAUGGACUGUGCGGAAGACUUUAGGGGCUUAGGGCAAAAAUUAUAAAAGGGUAUUUUAUUUUUUGAGAAGAGUGUUAUUAUUGGAUUCAUAUUCAAAACUUAGGGCUUAUGCGUGUGUUAGUAUGUAUGCAUUCACAUUCACAAUGUAUAAUAACUAGCGUUACUACCUGUGUAUCACACAGGAGAAUCAAUUUUAUACAUUAAAGAGAAGUUCAUUGAUAUAAACGUUUGUCAUGUUACUCAUGUAUAUACAUUAAGGAGAAGUUAAUUAAUACUCCCUUUGUCCC